ACUUCGGACCGCGAGCAACCGAGUGUUCGGGGACGCGUGACUGCUGCGAACGUCGUUACACUGACACCCUCGUCGUACGACGAUUCACCGAGGGGGGACCGGCGAAGCAGAAGGUUUCGCACCAGUGAAAGUUUUCGAAAACGUUGUCGCGGUGCCGCGCCGGAUUGCGUCGGAGCGGGCGGCAACGACGGAACUUUCGGUGCCAACGUCCGGAAGUUCAAAGUUCGAAUAAGUUCUCCGGCAAAAGUUUCCCGCACGCGCGCCCUGCCUGGAAUUUUUAUAACGCUGCUCUCUUCCUCUCUUCGUCGCUUCCUCUUACUAUCGCCCCUUUCAAUUGCAAUUUCGCGGGAUACGCUCCUACCAGGGGAUUUCUGUUGGUCGCAUUAAUCCCCGGAAGCGACGAGUAUUUAUUGGUUUGGAUGGCUGACCUAAACGCGAUUAAAGAGAACCGUAUCUCACGGACUUGUAGUCCAAAAUGCUUGUCGCUAAUAGUCGAAUCAAUUUCAGUCAUUUAAAUACGUGCAAAAUUUUGUAUCGCAAAGAAUCGGCCGCGUGAAUGUAUAGAAUUUCGCGAUACCAAGGAACAACCUUUUGAAUCUCGUUGCUAGGCAUUACGCGUUAGUCAUCGCGUCAAGAAAGAUCAAAGACUGCAAUCGUUAAUGUCGUUAACAUUAAUUAAUCAUCCGCCGAAGAGAUAAAUAUCGUGUAUCAGGCUGUGGAUCAAGCGCGAACCUAUAACGCCGUGUCUGCCAAUAAUUAUGAACAGACUAACUCAUUAGUCGCAGCCGACAUUAACGGCUCGAUACGAACGGCGACGCCUGUUUCGACCGCGUUCCUCUAAACUCUAAGCCGUUCAAUUGCUAAUCGGGUUCACGCGUCACCGUGUUACCAAAACGAAAGAUGUGCCAUAGUCAGUUUUCAAAUUAAUUAUUAGACUCCGUUGUUAUCCCAUUGCUUCAUCGUCGGUCAACGUCACGAAGAGAGACGACGACGAAAUCGUUAAACUCCGUUGAGCAAUAAAUUCAACGUUACGCAUCUAUUACUUCUUCCUAUCUAGUCGCAGUAAUAUCCCGUUGAAGCGGAACACUUCUCGAAACGAAUGGUUCAUUGGUCGCUCGAAGGAGAUCAUGAGAAACUGAAUCAUGCACGCGAACGCAAUCGCAGAGAUUUGAGAAAAAGGUUCUCGCAUCGGAUUGGACGAUCCAUCAUUUGCUACUGACGUUGCCUGAACCAGAAAGCCAGAAGGACGAAGAGAGAGAGAGAGAGAGAGAGAGAGAGAGAGAGAAAGAGAGAGAGAGAGAGAAAGGGAGAGACAGAGGGAGAACAGCGCGCAAGCAGGAGGAACUGGUUUAUCCCCUGGCUCUCUCGGGUGGUUGCGUAAUUAAUCGUGAGACUUAAUCGAAUGCCGAAUUAAUUGGGACAGAUUUACGAUCGAGGUCCGUGACAGUGGACCGCGAUACCGUUCUACCCGCGAUCAUGAAGUACCACCGACGCGUGCAGAUGACCGCGCGGCGGUCGCAAAUGAAAAAGACCGCACGGGAACGCGGUUCGACCCGAGGACGUUAAAGGGACACCGGAUCGUACAUCACCCGGUUGUCCCGGAACACCGAUCUCGUUCCCAAAAGGAAACGAUCGAGCAAAACGAGCUUUUCACGCUCGACUCGGCCCGUGUCUCGCCUCGCUACCUACCGACUCGCCGCACCGUUUCAUUCCGCCUUCGGCCCUGUUCACCGCCGACUUCCUUCUCGCACCGCUAAUUAAUCUUCUGCCCGCAACACUCGCGUGUUCAACGACACUGUGGCCGAACGCCAGACCCAGGCCGUUUUCGAGAAUAUAAAAUCGCGGAAAGUGACGUUGAGACUCUCCUUAGUGUACACGCGGGGCAGCCAAUUUGGACAGACCGCAGCAAGACGUACUUCCGUACGUAAUUAGCAAACGGUUGCCUCAGGAGAGUUUCCGGUUCGAUUCCCCUCGAUAUAUAUAUGCCGUUACGAAGACGGUGUACUGAUCAAACGCAGUUGUGCAAAUUGUAUCUGACGAAAAGUGAUUGGCUGAGUCGAUUUCGAUCUCGGAGCAUUCGGAACUAAACUCUUGGUAGCAGCUGCUAAGACAAACUUAACCCCCUUAUGAAGAUUACGAUAAAAAGCCAAUGAGAAGUCAACGAAUCGAAGCGGAGGAGUAAAGAUUCGACAUAUCGGCGAGCUAAAACUUCCUGUUAAAAAGUGCAUCCCCUAUCUGAGCGAGCAUCCCAACGGGGGAAUUAAAAGUAGUCGACGCGUACUCUACGGAGACCGGGCAUAAAGAUAAGAAGGGGACAGUGUACCAGUAGUGGUCGCGCGAGGCGGAAAAAAGCGAAAAAACUUAGCAAGAUGUCAGCUGAAAAAGAAGCAGAAUAAGCGGACCGGGUAACUUUCUCGAGCUAUUAACGACUGGGGACAAAGUCAGGGAACGAUGACAUAAAAAGAUUAGCUACCGCUGAACCACAAGAAUCGAUAAGUGCAAAGUGAUCAAUCUAGAUUACGUGCGUUUAAAGAAACGUACAAAAAUGCGAGAACUCGGAUAUCUUUGGAAUAAGCGGAAUUUCGAGAGCAGGAUGGAUCUGUGACCGCUCAUUACCCGGGAAUGCAGUUACGAACUGAUAAUAGAAUUAUUUUAGAACUUUCACUAGCGUAAUCGUAGAACGUUUGAAAAUUUCGUUUUCAUCUUCGGUGGCGAACAAGUAGUGCGAGAAUGAACCGUGACGAAUGAAAAGCGACGUCCGAGUUUAAAAGCCGGUUGAGCCCAACAAAACGCGAAAUCGCGGAAUCGCUGAAUUCGGAGGAAUAUCCUGCGGGCGAGCCGACGGUGAUGGCAUGAGGACAUUAGUAAGAGGGAGCUGCGGGUCCAGCGAGGAGGAGGAUGAGGAUGGUGAUGGUCGUGAUGGUCCUUGGUCAGCUACUGACGAGGAUUUUGCUCGCUGCUCAUGCAGGAGAUCGGCUCGCGGCAGCUCGCAGAAUACUCAGAGACGUGCCACUCAUAGAUGGGCACAACGACCUGCCAUGGAACAUACGCAAGUUCCUGAAGAAUCAGCUGAGGGAGUUCAGGUUUGAUGACCUGAGGGAUACCCACCCUUGGUCACGGAGCGCCUGGAGCCACACGGAUCUCAGAAGAUUGAAGGAGGGCAUGGUCGCAGCACAGUUCUGGUCAGCUUACGUACCUUGCUCCUCUCAGUAUCUCGACUCGGUCCAGCUGGCCCUCGAGCAGAUCGAUCUGAUUCGUCGGUUGGUCAACAAGCACCCUGAAAGCAUGGUCCUCGUUACUACGGCGGAAGGUAUAGAGAGAGCGCACAAGGAGGGUAGAUUAGCGAGCCUGAUAGGGGUCGAAGGGGGUCACGCGGUCGGGACGAGCCUGGCUGUUCUGAGGAUGUUGUACGAGUUGGGCGCCAGAUAUCUCACCCUCACGCACACGUGCAACACGCCUUGGGCAGAAUGCAGCACAGCGGAUGAACCCGGUCAAGUAGCUCGCAUCGGUGGUCUCUCCAAUUUCGGCAAGACUAUCGUCCUCGAGAUGAAUCGGCUCGGAAUGAUGGUGGAUCUCUCCCACGUGUCCGUGCCUACGAUGUUGGUUGCCAUGAAGACGUCGAGGGCUCCAGUCAUUUUCAGCCACAGCAGUGCCCACGCCCUUUGCAAUUCCUCACGAAACGUGCCUGAUCAUGCGCUACGACGCUUGGCGCAGACCGAUGGUAUAGUUAUGGUAUCCUUCUAUCCUCAUUUUAUCAGCUGUGGCGAGAAAUCGACGCUGGAGGAUGUAGCCGCUCACAUCGAUCACGUGCGAAAGAUCGCCGGCGUGGAUCACGUGGGUAUAGGCGCCGGCUACGACGGAAUCAACCUAACGCCGGCAGGCCUGGAGGACGUCAGCAAGUACCCGGAACUUUUCGCGGAAUUGUUAGCGCGCGGGUGGUCAGAGAAGGAUAUUCAGAAACUGGCUGGCCUCAACCUGAUUCGUGUCUUUAAAGCCGUGGAGAAGGUUCGUGACGACAUGGCCGCGGAAGGCAUCGAGCCUCUGGAAGAGGAGAUACCUCACGAGGACAUAAUCGGUCGAGAUUACUGCCGGUAUAACGUGAAACGGUUGAUGGCGCCUUACGAGUCGGCCAUCACGAGUCCUCACAACCAAAGGGUGAAGAACGUGAAGGAAAGGGUAAAACGAAAAUACUUGAAGCUGACGGAAAGCAAUACUGUAAAGGAGCUCGACUGAUCGUUGCAGCGAGGAGCAAUUUAGAAGCAUUUCGGCUCGAAAAUCUUCGCGUUUCUCGAAGAGUAGCUCUUUUGUCUCUUUCGAUCUUUGACUGGAACCGCAUAGUAUUAUCACAAUUUCAAGUUUGAAUUGAAAUCCGAAUCCGAAUUAUUAGGGAAACGUCUGAAAGAUCCAAGGAAAGGCGCAGAAUUUGUGCAGUGCGCAACCUCCUAAACUAUAAAUCGAUAUCGGUGCUAAUAUGAUGAUUUACGAGCGCGCUGAAACGGUCCAAUCGGCUACAGAGAGGCGAACUCGAUUUCCUUCGAAGAUCCCUGAAUACCCAGACGUGAGUCUGAAAGAGGGUUGAACGGACGGAGAAAGAGAAACGAGAGGACUUUACGAGCCGAAGCUAAACGUGUUUAUAGAGAUAUGUGUCUCUGUGAUUCGAAGACCAACGGGAACGUACCGCGCGUCUAAACGAUUUAAUAAUCGAUCUGUUUAAUUUGCACUCGAAAACGAUUUUUUCGUCAAUACUGGAACCAAAAACUGUUCUAGUCAAUAUGUAUAAUUAAUUGCAUUAUGUAUAAAUAUGUACACAUAACGACUGACACCGAUCGUCACACGAUGGUGGUUAUUAUACGAUUCCGGCGGGUGACUGUUUGUUUGUGCGUGAGUGUACGUGCGACUGAUUUGUACAUAUGGUACCUGAAGUCGAUAUGAUUGAUCCUCUUAUGCAUUAAACCGGUCGAACGAAUUUUGAAAGAAGUUUGAACAGCGAUUAUCACGAAAAUCGACGACGUUAAUUUGUCUCGUACGAUAAAUAUACAAUUCAUUUUUUAUACAAAACAAGACACCAUUGAACGUGUUCAUUUCAUUCUGAAAGGUAGAUCAGCAUUCAUUCUUAGAUGUUCAUUUAAAAGAUUCGAUCUACCGGUUUGAUUAAAUUGUCUUUUGAGGGAUGCUAGAUACGGAGUUAGACUCGAGAAAUCUAUGAAUAAAGUAAAACGAGUGCGACGCACGAAGCGAGACAGACCUUUCCUACGAUUUUGCACGAUCGAAGUUGACGUCGGCACGCGCGUCGACGUGCUAUCUCACAUUUCAUUUCGAACGCAUUCUCAUUCAUCCAUUGUAACCAUCACCUUAAGGCUCGUAUAUUCCAACUAACGCACCGAAAGACUACCAUUUCAUAACGAUGUUUUUACACUAAACUUUUAAUAUUAAUCAGAGUUUUAAAAGGAACAAACAUUGGACGAAAAGCGAGCGAAGAAUGAGUAGGAAUAUAAAUGAAACGAAAAUAUGUAUCAACUUCCCUCGUGCCAUCGACGCAUCUGGUCAUUGAUUUUACGCGAACCUGCGUAUCCAUCGUUUGAAACUUGGGUUCCGAUCGGAGCGAGCGAAAUUAACGAUAAUAUUUAUUUCGUAUCGAUCGAUUUUAACGAUCAUUCGUGUGCAAGUAGUCGAGAUCAACGAAGCGUCAACCUCGUGAAUAUAUAACGAGUAAGAUUUCAAACGUUAACAAUACUCGAAAUAAACCGACGACUAAUUCAAAUACGGUCGUUGUUCGA